AUGCACCAUACUAGAGAACCAGAGAAGAGGGAGGAGCAAAAGAUCGAGAGAUGGCGCCUGGGAAACGUGAUUACUCGUAGUUCCCCGUAUUCUACCCCCUACAACCCCUAUGAAGCCAGCCAUCGAAGAGAGCUAUCUGCCCGCUAUAUGCCGGGUGUCUCUUCUAUCUACACUGCCACUCCCAGAUUCGGUUCCUCGUUCCGCCACUCUGUCCCGACCUACGAGCCCCGCCCAGGUAUGGAUGAGGAUACGCGGCGUCUGAUGAAUCGAUAUUUGGACCGAGACUCUUCCGGCCGUCCCAAGCGUACCCGUGUCCAUUUCAAGUUCAAUUUG